UUCGGGCCUCGUUUUGCCCAUCAUCUCCUUCCUCGACAUCAGAAAUCUGGGGGGCAAGAAGCUCCACACUCGCUCUGUAAAAGUUGCGACCUGCAAACCGCAGAUCCCAAUUUUUCCAGGCGAAAAAUCAGAGAAAGAUGCGCAGGCGACGCCUUCGACUCGCCUGUUCCUCCUCCUCCGACGACGACGACGACGAAAAUGGAGGAGCUGCCUCCGCCGCUCCCGACCCUACGCCGCAUCCUCCUGUUCCCCCUGCCGCGGUUGAGAUUUCCGACGACGAAGUUGGCGAAGCCUUCAUCGACGUCUCCGAGAGCCUCUCCUCCCCAUCUCAUUCCCCUCCGCCGCCGCCGCCGCCGACGACGCCUCCGUCUCCGGUGGCGGAGCUUCUGCAGGGGAUGGGGUUGAGGCUGAGGAGGGAAUGGCUCGACUCCUGCCUGGACGCCCUCCGCGCCUCCCUUCCCCAUUUCUCCUCCCUCGACCCUCCCUCCGUCGCCAAGCUCUGCUUUCAGCACUUCUUGCUCUCCGACAUGAACUCCUCCGGCGCCGGCGUUCUCCCCCCGGAUGUCCACGCCAUGCACCUCGCUCAUCUCCCCGGGCCCUUCGUCUUGCAGGUAGAUGAGAUUGUUAACAUCAGUUGUCCUCUUCGAGGCAGGUACCAGAAUGCACCUGCUGGCCUCAAGAGGUGCCUCAAGUUGUCCAUGACCGACGGUGUUCAACGUGUUUUCGGCAUGGAAUACCGCCCCCUUCAGGAUCUCCACGCUUUGGCCCCUUCUGGAUUUAAGAUUGCUCUUUGUAAUGUCCAUAUACGUCAUGGCCUUCUGAUGUUGGUCCCUGAAGCUCUUGAGGUCUUAGGAGGAGUUGUCGAUGAGUUGGAAGCAGCACGUCAGCGGCUUGUUGAAGAAGUAAAUAAACCUCCGAGAGGGAGAAGAACGAGGUCCGGAGCCACUCCUUCAUUAGCAAACAGAGCAACACUUGCCGCCUGGUCACCUAAUGUUGAUGAUGCGGCACAAAAUGGUAGUGUUACAGCACAAGAUUCAUCUACUUCCUUGACGAGCAGAGGCAUUAAUUUGGCACCAACUGAAUCGGGUAAUGAUGUAAGGAGCUCGGUGCCGUCUGCUGUUCCUGCUAGUGUGCAGGAUGCAGUGCCUAGCCCAUCACCGAACUUCAUCUCAGAAUUUGAAGAAAUGCAUGUGGAUGCUGUUCCAAUGAGUAACAUGCAGACCGCCUCCCGUUCUUCAACAAAUGUUGCAGCAAACUCUGUGGAUUCCUUUUCUAAUGCGAUGCCAUACAUGGUUUCUGACUUCUCACAUGGCAUGGUUUCAUCUGUCGAGGAGUUGGAUCCUGAUGUUGAGACCUUGGACAGAGCAGGUUCCGUACCCAAUCCUUCUUCAGAUGUUGCAUCAUAUGUGCAUGACAUUGAAAUGGUCGAUGAGAUUGAACAUCCUCGCAUAUUAUCUGGAGAUCGAGAAAGCCCAUUCACGUACUUAGCUAGCUUAUCCACAAAGUGGGCUGCAAUGAAAGAUAAAGCAUCUUCCGUACAAGGAAAAGUCAAGUGCUUUUUGACUGGUGUGAAGGGAUUCCAGUACAAGCAAAGGACAACAUACGAGCUUCAAGUUUAUGUUGAUGAUGGAAGCCUCAUAUCUGAUAUACUGAUCAGUAAUAAUGUCGUGCUCAAGGGAAUUGGGCAUUCUCCAGAGGAGGUUACUGCAGCUCUUUCUUCUACAGACAAGACAAUAGUCAGUGCCAUGAAGGAGACAUUAAGAAAAUUUCAAUAUUUUCUAGUGAAUUUUGAGGGAAUCAUGCUUGUGGAGAUCAAUGGAACUUCUCCGUUUCCAAUCGCGAUUGAGAUGGAUGAAGGUUGUAAUACGUCUGAUGCAUGGCAGCUCCUGAGAAGACUCAAGUCCUUUACCUCGGCUCAGGAAUAACGCUCAUCAUCAAAUUCUGUCGAUGUAUCCCCUUGAUUGUCCAGGCAUGAAUUGCUUCCUAUUGGCAAAGGACGUGCCGAGCUCUGAAAAUUGAUAAUAAUAAAUUGAGCAGACAGUGCAAAGAACAUGAGGGACUUGUUUCAAGCAUAAACUUCCUGCAAGUUGGAUAAGCCUGUCUGCCACUGCUUCAAGUGCCAAGUAUGAGCUAAUUUUGGAAGAUGUUUCUUGGGUGAAAGAUUAGUUGCAGUGCAGACUAUCCAAAGUACUUGCAUUCACAAUACGAAGGCUUAUAUCUUGAGAAAGAACAUUUGGAACAUUUUGUUUCUAUGCAGAAAACCAUUUUCAAGUAGUCUUCGAUUGAUUACGUUUUAAACGAGAGCGUUUUCAAUAUGAGUGUGUUGCAGUUCAAUCAGAAAUGCAAGAUGAAAAAGGAAACAUCUUUUCAAAUGGGGAAUGCGAGUGUGCUGCCAAACAAACGCUAAGAGAAGAAAGGAGAACCUGAUUGCUGAUCAAGUUCCUUGAGAUCUCUUUGAAGAUCAUUUUGUCAUAUUGGGAGUGUUCAAUGGCUCUUAAAAGGAAGACUUUGGAGUUUGUCCUCUCGAAGGCAAAAGAUAUGGGAGAUAAUGAAGAAGUUGGUGUUUGCAGUCCCGAAGACAAAGGAGGUGGUUUAUUUCCAGGUGAGGAGGCUGACUGGAUCAAUCUUCUUCAUGUUUAUGCUAUCUUUCAAACUCCUCCGUUAAUAUCGGGAUUUGACUAUUCUAGUCCUUUGUUUAACUUCCUUCUUUGCAGUCUUUAAUUAUUAGAAGUGCAGUAGAACUAGGAAAACAAAGGAGAGCUCAAGCGAUUGUAAAUAACUAUUCAUUGUUAACAUUUUUAGAGUGACCUGUUGAAGCGGAGUAAAAGCGAAAUGGGCAAAGCGAAGAGCUUUGCUGUUGUCAGUACGCAGUUGCAAUCUCUCAUGCGUAAAUCUUCAGCAUAACAUUAUUUCUGAAUUUUUAUUCAGUGCCAUCAACAUUAGCUAAAUUACUGUUCCAUGAGCCCUUUUCGGGUAUUUCUUUCA